AUGGCCAAAUCAUCUCUUGUAGCAACCACUAUCGCCGCUGUGAAGAAUUCGCCUCGCGAAAUUUUCAACUUACAUCUUUUGUACUGUGUCUUGAUCUGGAGUCUGUCAGGAAUACCCAAGGGCUUUGAUGAGGGUAAUAUUGCUUCCCUUGUGGUAGAGACCGUGUUCAAAGACCGAUUCGGGCUAUCAAAAGAAACCGACGAUCAGUACGCAAACACAAAGGGGUGGAUUGUUGCUAUUGCGACUGCUGGUGCCUUCUUUGGAUGUCUCGCAUGUAUUUCCCUCGCCGAUAAGAUUGGCCGGCGACUGGCUCUACAGCUUUUCACCCUCGUCUAUAUCGUCGGAGUCUUGGGUCAAACCUUCAGCAAUGGCAAUCUCUCGGGUCUUUACGCAAGUCGAUUCAUCGCCGGUGUGGGCAUCGGAGUGACCACUGUGCUGCCGCCAAUCUAUCUAUCCGAGAUUGCACCCCGUUCUAUACGUGGCCUCAUCACUCUUCAAUACACGGCAUGCCAGCAGCUCGGCGUCGUCCUCGGGUUCUUCAUCAACUACGGAAUCACCAAGCACUUUGCAGGAUCCGACAUCCAGUGGCAACUCCCGACAGCCCUCCAAUGUAUCCCAGCAUUAGUCUGGGGCAUCGGAACCUUUUUUGCACCCGAGUCUCCCCGAUACCUUAUCUCGAGGCAGAAGAAAGAAGAGGCGUUGCAAGUUCUUGCCAAACUCCGAGGUCUGCCAGAAGAGCAUUCGUACGUUCAAGAUGAAAUGCGAGGCAUACAUGUCCAAUUUGAGCACGAAAUGGAAGCCGUCUCUGGUGCAUCAGUUCUCGACCUCGUGAAAGAAACGCUCAUGGACAUGCCCAACAGACGUCGCUUCGUCCUGGUGUUCCUGACCCACCUAUUCUCACAGUGGUCUGGUGCCAAUGCCAUCACCCAAUACAGUCCGACUAUCUUUGGAUAUCUUGGUAUUCAAGGCGAAGAGUCACGAUUUCUAGCCACUGGUCUCUACGCCGUUGUGAAAUUCACAUCGACUCUGCUAUGCGCCAUCUUCAUCAUUGAUUUUGUCGGCCGACGCCGGGCGCUGAUGUCUGGAAUAUUCCUUCAGAUUAUCACACUGGUAUAUGUUGGAGGCUAUCUCGGCGCGACCAAUGGCCAGACAGCAGAUGCCAUCGCAGCAAACGACGACUCUCGCCGGGCUGGUGUCGGCGCCAUCGUGGCAAUAUACCUGCACGCGGUGGCUUGGUCACUAGGCUGGUUCUCGAUGCCAUAUCUCAUCUCUGCUGAAGUCUUUCCCGUGCGAAUCAGGUCUCUAAAUGUGUCGGUACUCAUGGCAUCUCACUGGGCCUUUUAUUUCGGUUGCUCACUAGCCAUGCCCUCUCUCCUUGCUGCAACGGAUAGGUAUGGUGCAUUUGCCUUUUUUGCCAGCAUCUGCACCAUCUCUAUUAUUUAUGUCUUCUUUGCCAUGCCUGAGACGUCUGGUCGCUCGCUUGAGUCGCUCGACAGCCUCUUUGAAAGAUCGUGGUACACUGUGUGGCGAGUAGCCUACCCCAAGCCCGAAGACUUGACUGUGCGUCCCGUCGAAGACGAUGAGCUAGGAAAGGCACAACACGUUCACGCCGAGAAGGUUUGA